AUGGAUGAAGUUCGAGAUAUUUUACCAUCAAAAGGCCAAACCAGAUUAUAUUUAUUCCAACAUAGGAUUCCGCAUUCCUACCAAACUGUUUUAAAAUCAUAUGCCGCAUGUUUAGGAUCAAAUGAUGCUCCACUACCUAAAGGUAUUAAGGGGAGUGAUUUAGUUAAGUUGAAAAAUGUGCUUGAAACACAUAGAAAACGAACAGGUUCUAUUGUUAAAUCUGCUUUAAGGUUGGAAGCAAACUUAAUUGAACGAGCAGCAGAAUUAGGUGAUAAUACAGCUAUAGCACUACUUUGUGGCCGAACACUUUUGACACCAUUAAAGGAAAAUAUUAGCGAAGAAGAACGGAAACAAGAAGAGGAUGACCGGUUACAUGCUGUCAAAUUGUUAGAUGAAUUGUCUCAAGAGCAUGAUUUUGGCCUUGCCUAUAAGAUCAAGGGCGAUGUAGCUUACAAGCAUGGUUCUGUUACCAAAGCAGAAAGUCUUUAUCAAGCUUGUAUUGACAGUUUGCCUGCCACUGGAUCGAGAGAUAGUGACAGUAAUACUGCUACACUUAGGGUGGAAUGCCUAAGAAAUAUAGGUAUUAUCCGAUUUCGCGACUUUGAUAUUGAGACAUCUAGAACUUAUUUUGAGCUUGCCGUAUUAGAGGCCGAAAAUAAUGAAGUUGGUAAUCCAGUGCAAGCCAUGGACUGUCAUUAUUAUUUAGGACAAAUCAUGUCAGAAAGUGACAAGCAACGCGCACGGUACCAUUUGGAACAGGCGGCAAGGCAAGGAUUGAAAGAAUCUUUUGCACCACUUGGGUUUUUACUUUUAAACUAUUUUAGCCGAAGUGAUUUGGCUCAAGAGUGGUUUGACCUUGGUGCAGAUAUUGGCGAAGUGACUUCAUUAAUCGGUCAGUUCGAUGUUGCAAUGCUACAAGAAAAUUACGAGCAAGCUGAAAAAUCUUUAGAAAAGAUCAAAAAGAAUGUUCUGGCUAGUGAUCCCAAUAGUGUUGAAAAUCAGCAAACCCCAGCAGAAUUGUUGAAUCAAAUCUUAAAAACCAGGAGCGAUGCGAUUGAAAAACUUGAAAAAACUAGGCCACCCAGUGUUGAAAUUGCUAAAGAAACCGUGUCAGAGACUACAGUUACAGCUGGCGAAUCGGAAAACACGCCAGAUGUGGAUUCAAAAUCUAUCGAAAAUGGAAAAACUCAAAAAGAAGAAGUCGCACAAUCUUCUAAUUACAAUGAACUUAAAAAUACUAGUCGAUGGGAUUUUUAA